AGAGUUUCACAUUUUACAAUCAUGGCGCAAGCAGAUGAGAAAGCGGCAUUGCAAUCUAUAGUUUACGACUUUCUAAAGCAGUCGUGCAAAGAUGCUGCGACAUAUUUCCAGAAGAAAUUCAAGAUUAAGGGAGAGGUGCCUGGAUCGCCCAAAUUAGAGGAACUGUAUACAUCAUGGCAACAUAACCAUGGCAAGCGGAAGCUGUCCCUGACAGCGGAACCACAGGCCAAGAAGGCCAAGCCUGACUCCUCCAGUUCUGAUUCUGACUCCGACAGUGACUCAGAGCCACAGAAAAAAGCAACCACACCUACUUCGGCAAAGGGUACCCCUAAGGCAGGCAACAAGAGGACACACCAGAGCAGUAGCUCUGAUAGCAGCUCCGAGGAAGAGAAGAAGAAAGCACCUGCUAAACCUGUUGCCAAGGCAGCAAGGAAGGACAGUGGAACCUCUGAUUCUGACUCGGAUUCCGAUACUUCAAAUGGAGACAAGAAGAAAGCUGUAAAGCCAGCUGUAGCCAAGAAAUCAGCAGCUCCAGUGCAGACAAAGAAGGUGCCUGUGAAGAAGGCUGAGAGCUCUAGUAGUGACUCGGACAGCUCUGAUGAUGAAGAUGAGGACCCCAAGAAACCUGCCCAGAAGAAGGCGCCUGCUUCAAAAACUGCUGCUAAGAAAGCUCCUCCCAAGAAGGGCGGUUCUUCUUCAUCAGAUGAUUCAAGUUCUGAUGAGGAUGAUGCUCCAAAGAAGGCACCAGCAAAGCCUGCAAUUAAACAGACACCUGGUAAAAAGGUUCAGGCCAAAAAAGCUGAGUCUUCUAGUUCAGAUUCCAGCUCUGAAGAUGAAGCUCCUAAAAAGGCUGCCAGUAAAGCUACUCCUGGAAAGAAGCCUAUUACAGUUGUGAAGAAGACUAAAGAUUCCAGCAGCUCAGAUUCUGAUUCUAGCUCGGAUGAGGAUACUAAGAAAGCAGCUGUUAAGAAGGUAGCUACUCCUGCCAAGAGCCCAGCUGCUGCCAAGGGCACACCGAAAAAGAAGGCGGAUUCAAGCAGUUCAGAUUCUGAUUCUAGCUCUGAUGAGGAUACGAAGAAAGCAGUGGCUAAGAAAGCAGCUACUCCUGCCAAGAGCCCAGCUGCAGCCAAGGGCACACCGAAAAAGAAGGCGGAUUCCAGCAGCUCAGAUUCUGAUUCUAGCUCUGAUGAGGAUACGAAAAAAGCAGCUGUUAAGAAAGCAGCUACUCCUGCCAAGAGCCCAGCUGCUGCCAAGAGCACACCGAAAAAGAAGGCGGAUUCCAGCAGCUCAGAUUCUGAUUCUAGCUCGGAUGAGGAUACAAAAAAAGCAGCUGUUAAGAAAGUAGCUACUCCCGCCAAGAGCCCAGCUGCUGCCAAGGGCACACCGAAAAAGAAGGCGGAUUCCAGCAGCUCAGAUUCUGAUUCUAGCUCUGAUGAGGAUACGAAAAAAGCAGCUGUUAAGAAAGCAGCUACUCCUGCCAAGAGCCCAGCUGCUGCCAAGAGCACACCGAAAAAGAAGGCGGAUUCCAGCAGCUCAGAUUCUGAUUCUAGCUCGGAUGAGGAUACGAAAAAAGCAGCUGUUAAGAAAGCAGCUACUCCUGCCAAGAGCCCAGCUGCUGCCAAGAGCACACCGAAAAAGAAGGCGGAUUCCAGCAGCUCAGAUUCUGAUUCUAGCUCUGAUGAGGAUACGAAAAAAGCAGCUGUUAAGAAAGCAGCUACUCCUGCCAAGAGCCCAGCUGCUGCCAAGAGCACACCGAAAAAGAAGGCGGAUUCCAGCAGCUCAGAUUCUGAUUCUAGCUCUGAUGAGGAUACGAAAAAAGCAGCUGUUAAGAAAGCAGCUACUCCUGCCAAGAGCCCAGCUGCUGCCAAGAGCACACCGAAAAAGAAGGCGGAUUCCAGCAGCUCAGAUUCUGAUUCUAGCUCUGAUGAGGAUACGAAAAAAGCAGCUGUUAAGAAAGCAGCUACUCCUGCCAAGAGCCCAGCUGCUGCCAAGAGCACACCGAAAAAGAAGGCGGAUUCCAGCAGCUCAGAUUCUGAUUCUAGCUCUGAUGAGGAUACGAAAAAAGCAGCUGUUAAGAAAGCAGCUACUCCUGCCAAGAGCCCAGCUGCUGCCAAGAGCACACCGAAAAAGAAGGCGGAUUCCAGCAGCUCAGAUUCUGAUUCUAGCUCUGAUGAGGAUACGAAAAAAGCAGCUGUUAAGAAAGCAGCUACUCCUGCCAAGAGCCCAGCUGCUGCCAAGGGCACACCGAAAAAGAAGGCAGCUUCUAGCAGUUCAGAUUCUGAUUCUAGCUCGGAUGAGGAUACGAAAAAAGCAGCUGUUAAGAAAGCAGCUACUCCUGCCAAGAGCCCAGCUGCUGCCAAGGGCACACCGAAAAAGAAGGCAGCUUCUAGCAGUUCAGAUUCUGAUUCUAGCUCCGAUGAAGACACUAAGAAAGCAGCUGUUAAGAAAGCAGCUACUCCUGCCAAGAGCCCAGCUGCUGCCAAGAGCACACCGAAAAAGAAGGCCGAUUCCAGCAGUUCAGAUUCCGACUCUAGUUCAGAUGAAGACACUAAAAAAGCUGUAGUAAAGAAAACGCCAGCUAAGGGUGCAACCCCAGUCAAAACAACUCCAAAGGUGUCCCCGAAAAAGCAAGCUUCUAGCUCUGACAGUUCGGAUUCUAGCUCAGAUUCUGAUGAUGAUGUGAAAAAGACUCCUACUGGCAAGAAUCUGAAGAGAGCAAUAGGCACCCCAGCUGCAAAGAGCACGCCUAUGCAGAAAAUUGCCAACAAAAAGUCAGAAUCCAGUUCUAGUUCAGACUCUGAUAGUGACGAUGACAAGCCUAAGCAGAAGGCUUCUACCUCAGUGACAAAGACACCUGUUAAGCAGACUUCAAAGAAGGAUAGCAGCUCAGAUUCUGAUAGUUCGGAUAGUGAUACAGACAGUGGUAAGAAACAGACACCUAAAGCAGGUGCGAAACCAACUCCUAAAUCUACCCCAGCCAAGACUCUGAAGGAUGUGAGUAGCACUGAGUCGGACAGUUCUAGUGAAUCGGAGUCGAAAGGCAAGUCGAAAGCCAAUACUCCCAUUGUGAAUGGGAAGAGCUCUGAUAACUCCGAUUCAGGGGUGUCUACAGCGUCGGAUCAAGUGAAGAAAUCUUCUCCCGAUGCUGAAAAUACAAGGCAGAAAGGGCACCAGAGACGAACAAGUGAGCCCUUCCGGAGGGUGAAGGCUGAAGAAGUAGCCGUGGAUCCCAAGCUGGCCAACAAUUCAUUUGAAGCGAAGAGCGGAGCCAGAGGAUCAUGGGGAGAGAAGGCCAACAAAGAUCUCAAAUACACAAAAGGGAAAAGUUUUCGCCAUGAGAAGACGAAGAAGAAAAGAGGGAGUUACAAAGGAGGUGCCAUUGACAUGCAUGUUCACUCCAUCAAGUUUGAUAACUAGAACACUCGGGAAGACCGACUAACUGGGCAUUUGAGCGACGGAGGAUGACGGAGGAUGACAGAGGAUGACAGAGCUGCAGUCGUAGAUCCAUUAAGUCGGACUGACAUGAGCUGGUUCAACAUUGACAUAGGUGUUCAUGUCUAUGUUGAAGUUAUGUAGGUUAUCAUGCCUUGGUGACCAAAUGAAUAGAUAGGCGGUAGAUAGGAUUGGAAGGUAUAAGCGACGUCUCAACAUGAGCAUAUGCUCAAGUUCAGCUGGGGUUGCUGUCAUGAAAGAAGACAUUUGUAAAUAUUUGUACGCUGUCAUAGAGAUGGAGAAAUGGUCUGAAAGUUUGUUUGGAUAUGCCGACAUUGAUACAUUGGAUAACUCGGAAUGAACAGAAUUGCAGAUGCUACUUAGGUUACAAUCUAAAACAAUUAUCACCAUCACAAGAAUCAUCAAGACUAACUCAAGGGAGUUAUGGGACGUCUUACGAGACAAUUAUUCAUCAGUGUUACCAGCUGUGUAGGGGGAUAUCAUAUUUCACCAAAGUGGUGAACGUCUGAGGCCUGCAUCACUUUGGGCUUACCUCCGACAUUAAGCUGACACGCCGUGACAGAACUGGAAUACUGUUCCAGUGUUGUUAAUCCAUCUAUCUCACUCACUCAGCACUGCUCUCAUGGGUGUCUGCAAAGUGAUAUACACACCCUUCCCUGCAUGGGUCUUACAUCUGGUGGGGGCACAGGCCCAGUCGCCUAAGGCGC